CUGGCCGCGCUGGCCGCGCUGGCGCUGGCCCGAGAGCCCCCGGCGGCGCCGUGUCCCGCGCGCUGCGACGUGUCGCGGUGCCCGAGCCCCCGCUGCCCCGGCGGCUACGUGCCCGACCUGUGCAACUGCUGCCUGGUGUGCGCGGCCAGCGAGGGCGAGCCGUGCGGCCGCCCCCUCGACUCGCCGUGCGGGGAGAGCCUGGAGUGCGCGCGCGGCGUGUGCCGCUGCCGCUGGGCGCACGCCGUGUGCGGCACCGACGGGCACACCUACGCCAACGUGUGCGCGCUGCAGGCGGCCAGCCGGCGCGCGCUGGAGCUCUCGGGGACGCCCGUGCGCCAGCUGCAGAAGGGCGCCUGCCCAUCCGGUCUCCACCAGCUGACCAGCCCACGGUACAAGUUCAACUUCAUCGCGGACGUGGUGGAGAAGAUCGCGCCGGCCGUGGUCCACAUAGAGCUCUUCCUGAGGCUCCAGACCCCGAGACAUGUCAUUGAGGAAAUUACAACUGGACAUGCUAAGUGGCACAUCCCUGGCCUUGUCAGUGGCUCAGAUGGGGCCAGUGUCUUUCUAGAAGGCUCCGGGCACCAGGCUCUGAGCCAGCUAAUUGCUGACGGCAGCUUAGCCUGGCAGGCGGCAAUGCCUUUGCCACAUCAGCCUUGGAGGCUCAUGUCCCAGUGGGCGGGUGGGCAAGACCAAGCGGGCCAGAUCCCAGACACAGAUGAGAUGCUCAUCGAGCCUGGGAGCCUCGGCUGUGACCCCUGA